UUACACAUCAACAACGUAAACAAAAAAUAACAAAAAUGUUCAAAUUCAACGCCAUCCUCGCUGCCGUCUGCCUAUUCGCUGCCGCCACAACCGUCAGCGCUGGUCUCAUCGAAACCCAACAUGUGGUCCAUGAACCUGUAUUGGCCAAAGUUGGUUCGGUGGUGCACAGCGCUCCUUCGGCCGUUUCUCAUCAGAGUAUCACUCAGGUGCACAGCAAAUCCGUAGUUCACCCCGUCCUCGCUCAUGCCGUCAAGACCACAAUCCAUGCUGCUCCCGUGGUGCAUGCCGCUCCGGUCGUACACAGCGUUCCAUUGGUGCACUCUGUGCCUGUGGUGCAUGCUGCUCCUAUUGUGAAGAGUAUUGUUUCUGCCCCGUUGGCCUAUACGCUGCAUCAUCAUUAG